AUGACUGUACCAUUGAAAGCCAUAAUGUGCAUAGCACUUAUAUUCCAUGCAACGACAGGAACCACUUCAACUCGAAUCCUGGAUGAGGUAGAGACACCAACGACAUCGCCAGAAGAACCCGACACAGCGGAAUCCCCAAUUUCAACCACUGUCCCUCCGCUGGUGGCAGCAUCCCCAGCAGCAGAAGUGAAAGGCGUUGACCAACAUAAAACGCUGACGUUUUACAUGCACGACAUGGUGGGUGGGUCGAACCCCUCAGCGAGAGCAGUGACAGGAGUGGUAACAAAUCCAGCUCUGAACGCACAAGUUGCGUUUGCGAAGCCAAACGGUGCGAACCUUCCAAUAAACAACGGGGUUCCACAGAACAACAACAACGACGGGAUUCUGAACAACAAUAACCUCCCAUUCCUCACCGGGCUGGCGGGUACGAGUGGGAACGUCUUCAACAACAACGGGAAUAACUUGCUGAACGGAGGAAUGGGUUUCCCGGUGACAAACACGAAUCAACUUCCAGAAGGAAUGACCCUUGAGAAGUUGAUGUUUGGGACAAUGACUGUGUUUGAUGAUGAGUUAACGGAAGGUCAUGAAUUGGGUUCUUCUUUGCUUGGGAAGGCACAGGGCUUUUAUGUAGCCAGCUCUGUUGAUGGAACCUCUCAGGUUUUGGCUUUCACCGCCAAGUUUGAAGAGAAUGGUUAUGUUGAUAGUCUUUGUUUCUUUGGUGUUCACAGAACCCAAGUUUCUGAAUCCCAACUUGCCAUCAUUGGGGGCACUGGCAAGUUUGUUAAUGCCAAUGGCUUUGCUGUUAUUAAGGUCUUUCCGGUUACCGGUCAGCAACAGAAUGCAGAUGGAGUCCAGACUCUCAUGCAGCUCACUGCCUAUCUUGCAUAUUAG